CUCGUUAACUAUGUUAUUUCUCCGAAGUAGCUUCUUGUUUUCUCACCAUAAUUGUAUGCCUUAUGUUGUUUCAUAACCGCAGAUUUCCAAGAUGAGUUUAAGACGAAACUCCAGAUGUAUACUCAUAGAAAGAACCUUGACUUGCCAGUAUACCAUAGUGAAAAAGAGGGUGUUUCUUUCAGGGCAAGAGUUUGUAUUGGUGAAGACAGGUUUCACAGCCAAGAGCUCCAUGAGACAGUAGCAGAAGCAGAGGAUGCUGCUGCACAGGCUGCUCUGUUAUUGCUGUCAACUGAUGCGUUUCAUGAGAAUGGCCAGCGGUCCUACAAGAUUCUACUAUGGGAGCUGACAGACAAGGAAGGAUUUUUCUUGCCAACGUACACAACAAUCAGGGCAGGUGAGACGUUUACCUCAACUGUGGAAGUGGAAGGAGAGGCAUUUCAAGGGGCUGCGGCAAAGUCUAAGAAACUAGCAGAGCUCAAUGCUGCAAAGGCUGCAUACACCGUGUUUAUGGAACGCAAGUUGUUUCAGCCUGGUUACUUGUCACCACGGGCUUCUAGUAACCACAUUCUCAAACAUGCUCCUCCUUUGGGCACAGUCCUCGUUUCUGAUCCGCAAGAAAAUCCAAGACCUCAAUCUCCAUCAGACUUCACUUCAACUACUGCAGAUUCUUACUAUCUUCUUUGCAACCGCGUCAAGAUCCUCACAUGCAUUCCAAACACGGCAUUGCCUAAGGGUACCGUUGUGCUCCCGGUCAGCGAAAACAGGUGGACAUUGGUUAGCCUGGAAUUCCCUCGUGAAGAAGGCGUGUGAUCUACAUCAUUUGCCCGUAUGUUUUAUCUGCAUAUCGAUCAAAUGCAGUUUUAACCAAGGCGCUUGCCUAUACAUCCGUACCAAAAUAAAUCUCUACACAACACUCCAAUGUAGAUGACCGGUUUUUAUCUAUAUGUUGUUUUCUGUUAUGAUUCUGGUGAAGCUUCUUUCUCG